CUGCUAGCAGCCGACGUUUUGAAAACAAUCAAAGUCACACGUCUUCCGCACGUGGUUGACAUUUUUGAGAUUUGACUACUAUACUAUCACUUGUAAAGUUUUCCAGAGUAUCAUUAUUUGUUCUAUCAUGUUGUCACCAGAUAAAAGAAAAAAUCCUUCAGAAGAAGAUGGUGUUAAUGAAGAAAAUGAAUCAGAAAUGUACAGUGAAAAUAAAGACACAUUUACAUCCAGCGUUCCAACAACAGCGUCUAAAAAACGCAAACGAGAUUUGGCAUGGUCAAUUAUGGAAGGCUUGUCAGGUCAAGAUCCAUUUGAAGCCAUAAAGGACUUCAUUGUUGCAGCGGAUGCAUUUAAAGCUAGAGAGCAUGGGGCUGUUGACAUUGUCAAGGAUUUUCUACAAAACGGUGGUACAGGCAGAGAAUUUUUGUCUCUCUUAGAUAUACCCAAGAUUAAAACGGGUAAUAUUGUCACAGUUUUCAUAAGUCUUGAAAAACUCUUUGAAAGAAUGGCGAGCGACCUAACCGAGUAUCGUGAUUUGGGCACGACAGUGGCCAGCAGCGUACUCAAGUCCCACAUGGAUAACAUUUACAGGACCAUGUCACCUAAUUGCAAUGCCUAUCAAAACAAAUCGGCUCUCCGGCUUCUUACUAUAAUGGUCACUCUUGGCCACUUGACAGCCCGCGCAGUGAUCACGCGUGUAGACUUCUCAAAUGAGAACCUCGUCGAGGCUAGUCAACGAAAAUCCCUCCAUGAUUUACCCGACGUGCGCUCCACGUUUGUUAUGUUCAUCACUUCAUUCUUGAUGGAAGAAGACUCUAUGCUAUUGCGUACCAUUAGCGAGAAUCCAGCCAUUCUCUGGCCUGUCUUCUUACAUCUUCGUACCGACACCAUCGGUGUCGUACAGCUCUUCCUGGAAGCGCUCCGCGAAAAAGUUGUCAUGAACUCUAUGCUGAGCAAAACACUCAAGUUUCACAUCUUCAAAUCAAGCAAUUUGCUGCAGCUGAUGCGUCUUUUCUAUUGGAUUGGACCUCAGAAGCCCAAGAGAAUAGGUAGGCUAGAUACCGUGGAAAACUCUCUUCCAGAUGAAUCCUUGGAAGAGGAUAAAGUGACAGUUGCUGAACUCCUUCAAAAUCUUUUGCUUUCCCUGACGACUUCACAUAAAUAUGGUAUCGCCUUCCCUGAUUACAACCUCGGUGUUGACUCGAUCACCAAGAACAACCUCAUCCUCGAGAUGCUACAGAACUUGUUCAACUUCUGGGGCGGUGCUUCUCCGCGUAUUGUUGAGAUCCAGUCUCAGCUAGUUGUCAAGACAAUAGAGAAAUGCCCGGAUUUGAUGGAUUGUUAUUUCCGAAGCUUGGUUGCAGAUCUGGAACAGAUUCGAAUGUCGGUUCCCUGGCUGAAUCUUUGUGACGUUGUUCAGCAAAUCAUUAAAGUCCAGAAUUUGACGAUGAUCUUCAAUCCGAAAGAAAAACACUCCGUUGCCCAACAGGCGAUCCGUGCUGCCACAUUGGUCGGUCCCCUUUCUCUUCCGCGAAACUUUUUCGUGAAAAGUUUGCUGAUGGAGCAUUCCGGAAUCAGAGUGAAUGCUGGACGGCUUCUUCAAACUGUCUUUGAUAAAAUCAACGAAUUCCACACCAUUUUAAUGAAAAAUCCGAAAGCAAGCGUUUACACAGAUACUGAAAAAAACGAUAUCUUCGCAGCCUUCAAAAAGAAAAUUUCAUGGCAGGUACCACAGGCAUCAAAGUUGAUUCAAAUUUGUCGGGAGAUGCCCACGUUUAAGGGUCAGGAAUGGUACGUUGACUGUUGGGUUGUCCUGUUGGAUCUACUGGUGAAUUAUGCCAAAUUUGGUUGGAUUACAGAUGAAGAUCAGUCCAAUUUCCCGGCAACUGAAAUGAUUCAAUCUGUAAUGGAAUGUGAAAAAGAUUACUCUGUCAAAAAGGAGUCUCUGGACAGGCUGAAAUUGUCUGUUUUUAACUUCGUCUUGUCGAUGUCACAUCUACCAAAAAUGACUGAAGACCAUUCAAUACUUUUGGUUUCCCAACUUUCAUCGUGUUUGGCAGGCGACAGUUUAUCUGAAUUACGGCUGUGUGUUGGUUCGCUACUACUCAAACUUAGUCGACAACCAGAACUUGGACAACUUCACCUGUCGUCCAACGAGUUAAACAUCUGGACGUCGACGCUGGAACGACAUCCCAAAGCAACCCAAUUCUUCGCUGAAGCAUUUUCUUUCUUGUUGACAUCAUCCACUACAUUGAAUGUCAAGUUUGAAUCUAUAUUUGGUAUUUCAAAAACCGAAAAACUGGAACCACCCUGCAGUCAACUCAUUCUGGCAGCAUGGAAAUGCUUCAACCAACUAAGCGAAGACAAAGAAACAGUCGCUUCCUACAUUUCAGCUGUAAUGUGCGACCUAUUACUUUGCCAAAACGGUGAACUGGAAACAUUUGCAAGCGCUUUAUUAAAAGCCGCACCCAACAGCUUGUCAUCGAGUCCUGCGCUGGAAAACUUUUUAAAAUCGUGGACAAAAGAGAAGGAACAGGCUGAUGUAUCGACACUUGGGCUCGGCCCCACUUCCGUGAUUCUCUACAGCUGCUAUUUUCCCAACGAUUUGGACUGGACGGCACUGAAGACGAAAUGGGAAGACGAGAUUGUUGCCAAGAGGAAUCGAUUGGACAUCAUUGAAGUAGCCCUCUACCAGUGCAUUACUUGCCUGUCUGUGUCGGAAGCAAGAAAAUCGGAUCAAUUGAACAUUCUUGGCCUAUUACGGGUCAUUGUCGAUGGCGAAGCCGAAGAAUCAGGUUAUCCACUUCACGUCAAGCUGCUUCAAGACCUUCGCACCCUAGAGUGGUUUGACCUAAUGAACACUCGUGAUUCUUUCGUCAAGGAAUUCAAUGCGCUCGUUCAGGAUUCUUUGAAAUUGACUCAAGAUCACCAGCUGGAUCAAAUGUACCAACGUAAAUUAAACGACUCUAUCGCUGCCGUUAUCCAAGGAGAAGGAUCCCUCGAAGAAAUUGAUGAAGACAGACUUUUGCUCUCGUUAUCUGAAUUAAAGAUUAACGAAGUUGAGCCUCAAAUCCGAUCCCUUGUUCAUCGGCUUACGUCUGCAGCUAGUGAGGUGUGCCUGAAAUACUUGAACGUCUUCCUUCAGUUAGCUGGUCGACUACGACUAGAAGGUGUAAUCCAGCGGAUUUCCUGGUCGGUGUUUUCGCAAGCACUUCAGCUGUUUGUUUCUUUGGAUGCUACUCCGGUUUUGAAGAAAGGAAUUUAUGAUGUGGCCAGCGUCUGCCCGGAAUUUCUAGAUGCAACUGAUGACUUCACGGCUGUUUUAACAGCUUGCCUCAAGUCCAAGACGGAUUACACAAAAUUCUGUCUUCUUUUGGUAACUUCUUCAAACCAGUUGUGCGCUGCAUUCGGCCAGUGGUGUCUGGCACACAAGAAACGCUUCAAAGAGAUCAACUGGAGAUUGCAAAUCAUCCCAACUUAUCUCAAUAGUCCCAGCGCUGAUAGCAAAGUUUUGGAGAUGAUCCAUCGGAAUAUUUCGCCGGUCCUGAAGCAGCUUUUGACAAGUCGGACCGAAUAUCUUAAAGUUGCCGGCGAAGUCCCAAAAUUUCCAGAAUUUCUCAGCGCUCUGAUCAAUAAAUGCUGGACAGCCGAAGAGUGUCGCGAUUUAGCCACUGGGCUUUUAUCAGAGACCAAGAAAAACUUCAGUUGCGGCCAAUUUAUCGAGGCAGGCCGACAUGGCACCCAUUACGAUCUUCAUAUCCAAUUAUGUAUCCAUGCAACUGUCCGUCAAUUCAAAUCCGAGAAUCCGGAGCCUACUGAAGUUGAGCAGCUGGUACGAGAAUUCGAUUGGCUAUCGAAACAAGCUCAAGCUGAUCUUACGACCUUAGCCAAUUCCAUAGUUGAAGAUGCUAUUUGGAGUAAAUUUCUCAAGUAUACCCUGCGUAUCGGUCUUCGUGCGCUCACUGCUGAAGAGUCAACUCUUCCGACUUUGGCCUUGCAAAUCAUGACCAACAUUUGGCGUCUACUACUAGCCGGCCAAACGGAAGAAGUAAAGGCAGCCGCGCUAAAGGUACAUGAUAUGGUUAUCAGCCAUUCAGAAUUCAUGACUGUCAUCAUGGAUGAGAGAGAGACUUAUGUGGAGCAAAAGAAAGCACUUUUACAUCUGUUGACGGUGUUGGUUCAAGUGAAUCCGAAGAUUUGUCAAGGUGGUCAUGUCCCGUUGCUGUUGUCGUCAUACCACGCCACUAGAUCAGCGUCCGAUCAACUCAUUUUGGGAUUGAUGCGUACCUACGAGAAGAAUGGCGUCGUUCUGUCGCCUUUCAAACCCUAUCUAUGGGGACCAGCUGCCGCUGCCCAUUAUUCAAUUCAGAGAGGUAUCGCAACUCGGAUUGCCAAAUUGCCGGAAGCCGCCGAAGUGCUAUCAUUACUCAACAGCAAAAAACUACUUCAUACUGCCUAUAACUUCCCCAUCGAACUAAAACUCAAUGGCACGGAAAUCACGCAAGAGAGUGAAGACUACGAUCCGCGAUUUAUCUUGUUGUCGUUGGCUCAUGUCCUCUCUACAGAAUAUGAAGUCCAAUGUGGCAAAUUCUCUCAGUCAGGGGCCAUAUCGAUAUUAUUCGCCACUCUCAGCAGUCCAUGCAGCGAGAUGAGAUCACUCGGUUGGCUCUGUUUGAGUCGGCUUCAUUACCAGUUUGACAGUGCCACCGCUUGGCCAGAGCGUUGUUUGUGGCUUCACUUGAUCAACUGUGUCCGAUAUGGCGCUGCUGAUUACUUCAAAGAGCGAUUCAGUGGUGCUCGACAGCUACCACCGAAAUUGUCCAAUAUCAUUGCAUUAUUUCUUGCCAAAGCUGCAGCCAUCGUUCGAGAUCCUUCUCACCCAAUGUACCGUGCAAUCAAUAACUUUCUACUGGUAAAAUCGGCUAUGGAUGUGACCCAAGUUCCCGAAUUUUUCGUCAUGCUUCAUAACACUGAACUACCUGAACAGAGGUCGCUUCAAAGGAGUUUUUUACUCAGCCUUCUUCGAGAUGGCAUCAAAAGUCGUCAGGACUAUUUAGUGUGUGCUCGAAGAAGAGUCUUUCGAAUCCUUCUCUCCUUGCAGCCAUCCAAUCUAUUGUCCGACAAAACUGAUAAGCGGCUCAUACUUGAAGUCGUACAAUCUUCACUUCAGAAUUCAAUCAUUACCUAUGACUUGAUUCAACAUCGUGGCCUUAUCAUGUGGCUUGAUAGCCUCUUGCUGACCGACAUCGUUGCAGAUGAAGCUAGUCAGAUGGUGUCGGUGGUGACGACAAUGUGGGACACGCUCUACACUCACAUGCUGAAGAAGAGAGAGUCGAAAGAAAAGGACGACGAAGAAGCUAUUGCAAAACUUGAACAGGAGGUCGAAAUGAUGGAAGCCGAAGACGAAGACACAGCCGACAAAACCACUAACAAACCCAAGAUGCAGAAUGCUAAAAUCAGUAGCAGAAAACCUAUUUGGAAUUUACUUCCUAUGCAGCAACAAGUUAUUGCUCCCUGGAUCAUGUGUGAGCUGAUGCAGUUGAUGGUCAAUUUGUGGCAUGUACUCUAUGAAGCUGAGCCAAACUAUGCUACGUUUAACAAAUACGCCCGAGUAUUAUGCUCCGUCGCUUCACACAUUCACGAAUCCAAAAGCAUCAUUCAAGCAGCUCAGGAGAAGGAUUUGAAGACCGUCCGGUUUGUUACCCCUCCCUGCAUGCUGAAUGUUAAAUUGAUGCGACAGCUCGUUGAAGUCUCAUCCCGCUUUGUGAGCAAUCUUCCCGAUCUAAAGGAUCAUUUGUCAGUAGUUGAAAGUUCCAAAAAGAAAUCCUCGGCUUGCCCAACAGAACUUAGUCGAAACUGGGAACGAAGACACAGGUACAUGCGAGAACUUAUGGACCAAGAAGAGACAAAUGUUUCAACCAGAUAUAAUGUGCACAAAUUAUUGUCUUUAGCUGAAUGUGGUGUUUGAAAUAACAAUGACAAUUUUGUUUGCAUACAAGGAGAACCUCGUGA